AUGCGGCAUAUUGCUGUGCACGGCUCUCUUCGCCACCUCGAUUUCCAACCCACCUCAUUUUCCAAACACCCGCUCUUGAGCCGCAGAUCGGAUAUUUGCGCCGGAGGUACUGCCUUCGGCAAGCCUUCCCGUUCACAGCUCCUCUCCUCGCUCACAGCUCCUUCACGCUUGGCGUCGCCGCCGUCCUCUCCCCGCUCACAGCUCCUUCACGCUCGGCGUCGCCGCUGUCCUCUCGUCUCAACCUCGUUCAGCAAGGCAUCCGGGCAGGGACCCUUCUCCACCAACUCUAUUGCUCUGGCCCCAGCGCCAACACUCGCACUGCCGGAUUUCGGCAUUCUCAUCACACGGCCUCUUUCUCCCGCUCGGCAUUGGCACACCGGCCCUUAG